UUCGCUUUGGCGUUGGCCCAGUUCUGUUGUUUACGUGAAAACGUGCGCGUGUCCGCCGUCGUUGUCGUCGCUGUCCGUCUCGUUUCAAUGUGGAUGCAGUGCAGCAGGAGUAGCUCACGCCAAAGAUGAAGUUCGCCGAACAUUUGACGGCGCAUAUAACGCCAGAAUGGCGCAAGCAGUAUAUCAAUUAUGAGGAAAUGAAAGCAAUGCUGUAUGCGGCAAUUGAACAGUCGCCCUCAGCGGAGCUUGUGGAUCGUGAGAUGCUCACACGCUACUUUGCCAAAUUCGAUGAGGAGUUCUUUCACUACUGUGACAAGGAGCUGGCAAAGAUCAAUACAUUUUACUCGGAGAAAAUGGCGGAGGCAACGCGCAAAUACGGCAAUCUGAGGAGUGAACUGACGGAGGCAUUGGAAAUGGGGCAUGUGAAGAAGCAGCCCGCCUGGAAGCGACGCACACCGUUGGGCAAGAAGAAUGUACCGGCGCGUAAGAUACAGGAUCUCAAGUUGGCAUUUAGCGAGUUCUAUUUGGGUCUGAUACUGCUGCAGAAUUAUCAGAAUCUCAAUUUUACCGGAUUUCGUAAGAUUCUCAAGAAGCACGAUAAAUUGCUCAGCGUGGAUUACGGAGCACGUUGGCGCACGGAUCACGUGGAGGCGGCACAUUUCUAUACAAACAAAGACAUUGAUCGGCUCAUACAGGAAACGGAGCAGGCCGUCACCCAGGACAUUGAGGGUGGCGAUAGACAGCGUGCCAUGAAGCGACUGCGUGUUCCACCGCUGGGUGAGCAGCAGAGUCCUUGGACCACAUUCAAGGUGGGCCUCUUUUCGGGCGCCUUUGUGGUGCUCCUGCUAACCGUGGUCAUCUCGGCCAUGUUUUAUGGCUUUGGUGAGAACUGGAGAGUUGGUCUGCGCAUGUUCCGAGCUCCAUUUCUGAUCACCGAAUGCCUCUUUCUCUGGGGCGUCAAUGUCUAUGGCUGGCGAUCGUCUGGUGUCAACCAUGUGCUCAUCUUUGAACUGGAUCCCCGUAAUCAUCUCUCCGAGCAGAAUAUUAUGGAAAUUGCUUCAGUCUUUGGCGUAAUCUGGGCCUGCUGUGUGCUCUGUUAUAUUUUCUGUGAACCCUUGGGCAUUCCCCAGUAUGCAGCCCCAUUGUUUCUGUUUUCUCUGAUGAUUGCCUUCCUCUUGAAUCCCACAAGGACCUUUCAUCACGAGGCACGGUAUUGGGCGCUGCGCGUCCUCAGUCGGGUCAUCAUGGCACCCUUUUGCUUUGUUAACUUUGCCGAUUUCUGGCUGGCGGAUCAAUUGAAUAGCAUGGUUCCAGCAUUUCUGGAUAUACCAUUCCUACUGUGCUUUUUUGGCCGCAAUCCCACGUGGCACAAAGCCGGAGAGGCUGGCAAAUUCUGUGUGCAGUACGUAUCUAUUCUGCAUCCCAUUGUGGCCAUACUUCCGGCGUAUUUUCGGUUUGCUCAAUGUAUAAGACGUUAUCGGGAUACGAAGGAGGCUUUUCCACAUCUGGUGAAUGCCGCCAAAUAUGCGACCUCGUUUUUUGUUGUGAUCUUUGCGCACAAAUUCCACACCACAUCGGAUACCUAUGGACAGUCGAAGGAGAAUCCUUGGUUCUACUGCUGGAUAACGGCAGCUCUAUUCUCCUCCUGCUACGCCUACAUAUGGGACAUCAAGAUGGACUGGGGUCUGUUCGAUGCGAAGGCGGGUGAAAAUCGAUUCUUGCGUGAGGAAAUCGUUUAUUCAUCGACGUGGUUCUAUUACUUUGGCAUAAUUGAGGAUUUAAUAUUGCGUUUUAGCUGGACGUUGUCUAUGAGUCUUAUCCAAGCUGGUUAUAUUGAGGGCGAUGUUAUGAUAACUAUACUCAGUCCCCUCGAGGUAUUUAGACGCUUUAUAUGGAACUAUUUUCGCUUGGAGAACGAACAUCUCAACAAUGUGGGCAAAUUUCGAGCCGUACGCGACAUAUCAGUGGCUCCAAUGGAUUGCUCAGAUCAGACCACAAUUCUGCGCAUGAUGGAUGACAUGGAUGGUGUGCUUAAUCGUAGGCGUGGCAAAGCCGCUGGCGGCUCUGGAGGCAAACCUGGCAACAAGAAACAAAAACAUGAGCAACAACGUUUACUGCUCCAAGGCGAAUCUGUAGAGGAUCUGUGCGCAUAGUGCAACAGCAACUGGAGAGAGAAGAGGAACUGGAAAGCAGCGAUUGUCGUCAUUUUAUCUCUAUGUGCACAAAUAUUAAGUAUACGUAAAUAUAGAACAACAAACGCA